AUGGAUUAUAAAUUGCAGCCGGAGGGGGAGGAGUUACCUCCGCUCUUCGGCCUCAGAACUUACCAUGAUGGCUGUGACCUAAAAUCCUCAGGAAGCCCUGGGGUCACGGCCCGGAAGCACCCCGGAGAAGGAGGGUUGUGUGGCGCCCACCACAGUGCUGGCUCCCUCAGGACUUUAGGAUCCUCUGUGGACCCUGAAAUACUUGCAUUCCCAGGACUCAGGGACUCGGUUGGGCCUGCUCACAAUGGUACCCGCUGCCUCACAGCGCACUCUAGUCCUAAGUACGCACAGCCCCCAAAUCCAGCCCACUGGUCAGAUCCAAGCCACGGCCCUCCGAGGGGUCCAUCCGUCCCUAGGGAUGGAGAGGACCCUGCUCAGAGUGAGGCAUCUUCAGAAGAGUCAGGAGUGGGCCAGGAACUCUCAAGAGAUAAUGAGGCUGGGUACCAGGAGGAUGGGAACCCUGCUUUUCUUUCCAUUCCAUCUGCUUGUAACUUCCAGGGAAUCCCUGAAGGGCCUUGUUCUGAGGGAGGAGACAGCUCUUCUAGCAACUUUUGCCACCAUUGUACCUCUCCGGCUUUGGGGGAAGAUGAAGAGUUGCAAGAGGAAUGUGAUGAGGAGGAACCUCUUAAGUUUCCCAGUGGUUUUUCAUGUGUGCCCAGUGGAAGGAAACCUGCGCUCCGGAGACAACGGCACCGCGUUCCAGCCAGGGAGGGUACUUGGGAGGGUGGACGCAGAGAUCCCAGAUCCCUUGGUCGACAUCGGCUGGGCCGGAACCGGAGUCGGGCAGAUAAGCGCAGAGGACUGGGAGUGUGGGUGCGUCAGCUUGGACAGGCAGGCUUCUGGUGGCUGAUCGAACUGCUGGUAUGUGGGGAGUACGUGGAAACUUGUGGCCGUCUCAUCUAUGCACGCUGGCAGCUGAAAGGCAGUGAUCUGGGCCUUUUUUGGGUCUGGGUGGGAGUCUGGGCAGGGCGGCUGGGGGUCGGGGCCCAGGUGAUGUCCCAAUUUUGCUGUGGGGCAGCGCUGUUCACCCGUUUUCUUAGGCUACUGGGUGCUUUGCUGCUCCCGGCUCUGGCCCUUUUUUGGGGCUGUCUACAGUUGGGCUGGCGGUUUCUGGUGGGACUGAAUGAUCGGUUAGGCCGGACGGGUAAAGCCACCUGGCUCUUCUCUUGGCUGGCUUCUCCCACCUGGCAGCGGUGCCUGAUUCUGCUGAGAGACAGCAGGCCGUGGCAGCAGCUGGUUAGAAUAAUUCAGUGGGGUUGGCUGGAGUUGCCUUGGGUCAAGCAGAGGACCAAUAGGCAGGGGAAUGCGCCUGUAGCUAGUGGUCGCUACCGCCAGCCUGAAGAGGAAGUGGCUCGACUGUGGACCAUGGCUGGGCUUCCUGAGGAUGAGCUAAAGCCUUUCCAUGUGCUGGGGGUUGAAGCCACAGCAUCAGACGUUGAACUGAAGAAGGCCUAUAGGCAGCCGGCAGUGAUGGUUCAUCCUGACAAAGAUAAUCAUCCCCGGGCUGAGGAGGCCCUCAAGGUUCUGCGGGCAGCCUGGGACAUUGUCAGCGACCCUGAAAGGCGGAAGGAACAUGAGAUGAAGCGAAUGGCAGAGAAUGAGCUGAGCCGGUCAGUGAAUGAGUUUCUGUCCAAGCUGCAGGAUGACCUCAAAGAAGCAAUGAAUACUGUGGUGUGCAGCCGAUGCCAGGGAAAGCACAGGAGGUUUGCAACGGACCAGGAACCUGAGAGUUCCAGGUACUGCGCUGAGUGUAACGGGCUGCAUCCUGCUGAGGAAGGAGACUUUGGGGCAGAGUCGAGCACGUUGGGCCUCAAGAUCACCUGCUUUGCGCUGAUGGAUAGAAAGGUGUAUGACAUCACAGAGUGGGCUGGAUGCCAGCAUGUGGCAAUCUCCCCAGAUACCCGCCGGGUCCCCCAUCACAUCUCAUUUGGUUCACGGAUGCCAGGCACCAGUGGGUGGCAGAGAGCUACCCCAGGUGCCCCUCCUGCUGACCUUCAGGAUUUCUUGAGCCAGAUCUUUCAAGUACCCCCAGGCCAGAUGUCCAAAGGGAACUUCUUUGCAGCUCCUCAGCUGGGCCCUGGGACCACUGCAGCCUCCAAGCCCAACAGCACAGUACCCAAGGGAGAAGCCAAACCGAAGCGGCGGAAGAAAGUGAGGACGCCCUUCAGCGUUGACACCUCCUCUGUUUCCUCAAAUCAAUGUCAGGGAGUCAAAAGGGCUGUGUGCCUGUCCACUUUGGUGCCUCUUAUUAAGCCUCAUAGGUUCCGAUUCAUCAAAAUCAUGCCCAGCAAGCCUUGA